AUUCUAUGUUGAAAGCAAUAUUUCCCUACUUCAAGUAAUAGAUUGUUAGAAACCAUGCCGGUAGCUUCCGAAAAUAAACCACAUGGGAACUUGAAUUUUUUGUAAUACUUAGAGUUGCAAUGUCAUGCUUUCUAAAGCUGCAGUUUCACUUAUUCAUUUACAUCUUGGAACUUUGUUAGGAAACUGAGUCCUAUUUCUGCAUAGUUGAACUUAAGCUAGCAGCGACCUUGUACAUGUGAUCAUUUGAAACAUUUUAAUCUAGUAUAUUUCAUUCUAUUUUGAUUUUCUUUUGUCCUUCAUCAGUCUUGAUUUAUUUUGAUUGUUGUGGACUGAUGUUACUCAGCAAACCAUCGAGUGCCGUUGUUGGAGUAGCUCACCAUGUCUCAUUUAUGCGUCCAUAUGGACUGUUUGACGUUGCUGCUGUUUCAGUCGCCAAUUCGAUGACCCUUUUUCCUUUUCUGGAUAGUAUUUCUGACAAGAUGGAUUACAUUGGGAUCAAUUAUUAUGGACAGGAAGUCAAUUGUGGUGCAGGAUUGAAACUAGUGGAGACAGAUGAGUACAGUGAAUCUGGGCGUGGUGUCUAUCCUGAUGGCUUGUUCCGUGUCUUGCUCCAAUUUGAUGAAAGAUACAAACAUCUUGAUCUUCCAUUUGUAAUAACUGAAAAUGGUGUUUCUGAUGGAACAGACUUGAUUAGACAACCAUACUUGUUGGAACAUCUACUUGCAACUUAUGCAGCCAUGAUAAUGGGUGUUCGUGUACUUGGUUACUUGUUUUGGACGAUCUCUGAUAACUGGGAGUGGGCAGAUGGGUAUGGUCCCAAGUUUGGACUUGUAGCAGUUGAUCGUGCCAAUAAUCUCGCUCGGAUUCUUUGUCCUUCGUACUAUUUGUUUUCAAAGGUUGUAGAAUCUGGAAAAAUAACGCGGGAAGACAGGGAAAAGGUGUGGGGUGAGCUCCAAACCGCUGCUAAAGAUGGAAAAAGGAGACCAUUCUAUCGAUCAGUGAAUAAAUAUGGCUUAAUGUAUGCAGGAGGCCUUGAUGAUCCCACAUGGAGACCUUAUAUAAAAAGAGAUUGGCGGUUUGGGCACUAUGAGAUGGAAGGUUUACAGGAUCCCUUGAGCCGUGUUGCACGAUAUCUUCUUCAUCCUCUCUCUCUUAAAAAGAAGUCCGAGAUUCAGAGAGAGAGUGAUCGAUUGACUCUUGAGCCUCUCAUCGCAAACAUCUAGUUACAACUGCAUCAAAUUGUGUAAAGAAUUCUGCUUGAGCAUCCUAAACCGGAUGCCAUUGUAAAGGUAUGCCUGUCAGCAAUGCCGAUGCAAUGGCUAGGAUAUAAAAGAUCAUGCAGAAUACUUAUACUAUUUUGUAGAAAAAAUUAGUAUCAUAAAUAUUUUCUUAUUUUAAGCCUAUCGAUUAGUAAUGCUUAUCUACUUAGGGGUCAUUUGGUAGUGUAUAGGUGUAGUACUGAAUAGAGUGUAUUAGGAUUACCGGGAUUAGUAAUGUUCGGAUUAGUUAUACUGGGAGUAGUUAUGCUGGGACUAUUUUCUAUCUUUGUUUGCUUUGGUGUAUAAAGAGCAAUUUUGUCUUUAUCCAUGUAUUAGUAGCCCAUUUAUUGCUAGUGCAUUGGUUUGCUAUAUAUUAGUUAUACAUAGGCUUAAAAUCCUACCAAAGGAUUAAAAUAAUACAAUGACUACUACAUGUAUUAGAUUCUCUAAUACAUUCUCCCAAACUACCCCUUAGGGUAAUGCAGGGUAUUUGUUUAUCUGGGUUUUGUGAAGCCUGUGAGUAUCAGGCUCUGCUUUUAUUUAUUUAUUCAUUGACAACCAUGAGCACAUCCUUUGAAGGAAACAGGGAUGAGAUGAAAUAGGUAUUUGACUUGAUAUCAGUAAAUUUAAGAUAGUUUGUAGUCAAGACUUCUAAGGUACCCACUCUUGCAUAGCUAGCUGGGUUUUCGUUGUAAAAUAUUUCAAUCUCAAAAUUUGUGGUGUUGUGAUGGCGCUUAACCUAUUAUAAUUA